GCCGGCAAAAUCAAUUGUCCGAGUUGCCCGAGUCGUACAAUUGUAGGUCCGGGCAAGUAAAAUUCUGCAGUUUACUUGUCCGUGGACAAGUAAAUUUCGGCGGUUAAUAGGAAUGCUGCAGAAAAAUCCAGUUCUUUUAAAAAAAAACACACACACAUAAUUAAACGGAUGUUUACGACUUUGAACACGAAAGCGGAAAUAGUUUAAUAGUCGGCCCAAUAAUUUUAUGCGGUCCUUACGUUAUCUUCGUAUCGUCUCGCGAAUUUGGUAAAAUUUUAGAGCAUACCUUUUUUUCGUUUCCGGUGAAAAUUGUAGCAGACGAGAUUUUAGAAAUUUAUGAAAUGGAACGUUUUCUUAUAAAAUCACCGAAUGCUAAGCCUUCUAGUAAAGUAGAAGAGCCUCCCCCUAAAAAGAGUAAGAAAGAUUAUGACAAAAAAUAUGAUACUUUGAAAAGAAAACGUGCUUUUCAAGACGCUUGGUUAAAAGAAUUCCCAUGGCUUCGAGUCGAUGAUAAAGCCGCAGGUACCUGUAAAAUUUGCCGGCAAUUUCCUAUGCUUGCAGACCAGAAAUGUGGCCUUUAUAUUGGUCAAAUAAUAAGUAGAAAAGACACGCUGUAUGCUCAUGAAAAAAGUGCAAAACAUGCAUCAUGCAAGCUGAAGUCUGACAGAGAGAAACUUAAAAAUACUAACACUAAAUUUGAGGGGGAUUUAGAGAAGACCGUACAGAAAUACAAUGAAGGACAAACUGACAAAUUUAAAAUGUUAUUCCAUACUGCUUUUGGAGUGGCAAAAAAUCGGAAACCUUUCUCUGACUAUGAAUAUAUAUGCAGCAUUCAAAAGAAAAAUGGCCUAGAUCUUGGUUCUGACCACCUCAAUAGGAAAGCUUGUGUUGAAUUUGUGAAGUCUAUUUCUGAAUCACUUCAUGAUACAUUGGUAUCUAAAUUGAAGCAAGCAAAGUUUUACACUGUAAUGUCUGAUUCAAGCACUGACUCAUCCAUAGUUGAUCAAGAGUGUGUCCUUGUUCGGUUUGUAGACCCAGAUACUAAGUCUCCAGUAACCAGUAUAGCUAGUAUAGAGGCACUACAUACCCCUGAUGCAAAUGGCGUGUUUUCAGCUAUCAAAAAUGGACUGAAAACUAUUGACAUUGAUAUUGAAAAUCGGGACAGUAAACCAGUACUUGCAUGCAUAAACAUGGACGGUGCCAGUGUGAAUAUGGGUGCCAAAAAUGGUGUAGCUAAAAAGAUUUCAGAUUGUGUUAAUCACAAAGUGAUAGUUACUCACUGUGUAGCUCAUCGUUUGGAACUUGGAGUUUUAGAUGCUGCUAAAACAGAAUCUUAUCUUGAACAGUUUGAAAGUACCAUUAAGCGUAUUUAUAGAUUCUAUUCUCCAAGUCCCAAACGACGAGCACACCUUUGUAGUAUUUCUGAAGUUCUGGACAAAGACCUUAUUAUGUAUUCUGACAUAAAAUCAAUUCGUUGGGUAUCUAGUAAACGUCGUGCAGUAAAUGCUGUUGUACAGGACUAUGAGGCUACAGUGAUGCAUCUUGAGCAGGUGAUAGAAACAUCUAAAAAAACUGAUGAAAAAUCACAAGCUAAGAAAAUUCAUAGCGAUAUUACUCAAGUUAAAUUUGUUAAAUACAUGCAUUUGAUGCUUGAUAUACUUAGACAUGUAACCUCUGUUAGCCAGUUGUUUCAGUUGAAUGAUUUGUUAAUAUUUGAAAUUCAGGAAGCUGUAAAUACCUUAUAUACACAUCUUCAUGCAAUGACUGUUACUCCUGGAGAAAGUCUACAGGAGUUUUAUGAUACAUUUGAUACUGAUGCCAGGCUCUACAAAGGGGUCAAGCUAAAUGGUCCUCUGCCAAAAGUCUUUGCUGAAGACAAUGAUAUUAUAAGGUUUUUACGUAACAUCAGUCAAGAUAUUUUGCAUAGGUUCAGCAACCUGUCUGAUGUGCCUAUUGUUAACUUUAGUGUAUUUGAUUUUAGACUUUGGCCAAACUCACUAGAUGACUUGUCUGUAUAUGGCAAUGCUGACAUUGUUUCGUUGGUUCAAUGCUAUGAAAACAUACUGUCAGAAGAAGAUAAAGCAAACAUUCCUUCUGAGUGGCAGCAAUUAAAGGUUAGGUUGUCAAUGCAAAAGAGUGGUCAUCCUUUGGCUGUCCUGACACAAAUACUUCAGUCAAAUGAGAAGACCUUCGUCCAUAUUGCUACUCUUAUAGAAAUGUUGUUUGCUAUAUCUCCUUCCACAGCUGAGUGUGAGCGGUCAUUCUCAUCUAUGAAUUUGAUUAAAACCCCAAGUCGUAGUUCAAUGAGCCAAGCUAAUCUUCUUAAUCAGAUGCGUAUUGUAAUGUCUGGUCCUAGUCUUGAAGAGUUUGACCCCACAGACAGUGUGUUGUACUGGUUGGGUAGCAGUAAGGGCAGUAGGCAUCUUACACAUAAGCCCAAAUCUAAAAAGCCUGUUGAGCCAUCAAGCAGCAGUGCUAAUAUUGAUAUUGAGCCUGAGCAGCAGGAUACUCAACUGAUAAAUGACACAAGAGCAAAGCUGAAAGAAAAGCUGGCAAAAGACCAAUGUUCUGUGCAGUAA